AUGCAUCCGAAAGUAAGAACAGCCUGCGACAGAUGUUACGUGCUGAAAGAACGAUGCCAACGUGCAACACCCUCUGCCGAAUGUGGGCGAUGUGAGCGGCUGGGCUUGGCGUGUUCGACAGUCCGACCUGUCCGGCCGGUCGGCCGCAGAGCACAUAAAAAGUACGGGACGGACAAGAGACCACAGCGAACCCAGCCAAAGACGGACCAGAUUUUAACCGGCCUCUCUGACCAUGAUCCGGAAGAAAAGGCGCUACUUUCCUUUCUUCUCGUCCAGCCUGGUUCUCUGGAUCAUUUCGUCGUCUGUCCAAGCUUCCAGGCUGAGCAACAACACUCACUAGCUGUACAGCUACCAACCCUGCCAUUGCUCAAAGAUGCAUUUCUUGCCUGUGCAGCCACGUUGAAGCACCUACAGUCGGGCAACGCUGAUGAUCUUGAUGCUGAAGCUAGCAUUCGCUACAUAUCGAAGGCUGUAAACGCUCUGCGAUCGCUGCCUGCGUCCUGCCUACAGGAUGCAGCCGUGUACCAUCAAGUGGGCAGUCUUCUUGCUUUCUCCAUACACUCAUCCAUCGGUGCAGGUGUUGCAGAAAUCUCCCGUUACUGUCUAAGUGCAGCAAGCUCAAUCUACAAUGAAGUUGAGUCUGGUGCACAUACCGAUCCGUGGCAAAGCUUCCUCAUUUUACAAGAAACCAUGGACUGCAUCCUUUACAGACAGAAACCAACAAUCAGAAUCAACACGUCGGCCUCUUCAGUGGUCGACCGUCGUCUUGGACUCUGUCUUCCAUUGUUGCCUCAUUACCAGGACCUCUGUGUAAUCAGUAAUUCAAUCCUUUAUGCAGCAGACGUCAAUGAAUUGGCUCGCCUACAAAAGCAGUUGGAUGAUAUCCGCCGUGUUGUGGAACCAUGGCAGCCCCCGAAUAUGGAUCAACUUCUGGAACGAUUCGAAUCUGCGGAAAUCGUCCACCUUCUUGCGCAAGCCAAGCUGUAUCGACUGGGGGCGCUUCUUCUGGGACACCGCCUGCGAUAUCCCUUUGGGCAACAAGAUGCGCAAGGCCAGAUAUGGUCCAGGGAAAUUUUCAUGGAGCUAGAAAUGGCAAAACGUGUCACGAAGCGAACCAUGCGGUUCGUGACGCUACCAUUCGUCAUCGCAGCCGUCGAAGCUCAAGGGGAGUUAUUGCGCCUUCAAGCGCUCCAGCUUGUCCAUGACUGCGUAGACCAGUACGCCCCAUCCCUGCAAAAGGUGACUAAAGCAUUUUUGUCACGAAUCUGGCAUGAGAGGGACAUGAAUCUAACAACUUGUUGGUUCGACUCUACAUAUAAACCAUGUCCAAUCUUGAAUUCUAUCAAUGGAUCAUAG